AUGGCCGAAGCACAGCUCAAAGACUUCCCGUCCCUCUUCUCCCUCAAGGGCAAGGUCGCCGUCGUGACCGGCGGCUCGCGCGGCCUCGGCCUGCACGCCGCCUCCGCCUUCCUCCAAGCCGGCGCCUCCAAGGUGUUCAUUUCCUCCCGCAAGGGCGCCGCCUGCCAAGAGGCCUGCAAGGCCCUCAACGCCCUUCCGAACCUGGCACCCGGCGCCGUCGCCAUCCCCGUCCCCGCCGACGCUGCCGAUAUCAAGGGCGUCGAGCACCUCGUCGCCGAGGUGAAGAAGCACACGGACCGCGUCGACGUCCUGUUCGCCAACGCCGGCGCCACUUGGGGCGAGGCCUUCGACACCCACCCGGACGCCGCAUUCGCCAAGGUCAUGGAUCUCAACGUCAAGGGCGUCUUCAAUACCAUCCGCCUCUUCACGCCGCUGCUCGAGAAAGCCGCCGGCGCCGACGACCCCGCGCGCGUCAUCAUCACCGCCUCGGUCGCCGGCCUAGGCAUCGGCACGCUGGGCAAACAGGGCACCUACGGCUAUAGCGCCAGCAAGGCCGCCGUCAUCCACCUCGGCAGGAACCUUGCGCUCGAGCUGGCGCCGAGGCACAUCACGGUCAACUCCAUCGCCCCGGGCUUCUUCCCGAGCAAGAUGUCCAACGGCCUUCUCGAGAUCGGUGGCGGCGCCGACAAGAUCGGCAAGGGGAACCCCAUGGGCCGCCUGGGCCGACCCGAGGACAUCGCGGGCGCCGUUGUGUACCUUGCCAGCCGCGCGGGGUCGCACGUGAACGGCGAGGUUAUCGCGAUCGAUGGCGGGUCGUUGUGGCAGCGUGGUGAGCUCAACGUGCCUUCCAAGUUGUAG